GUCGAUACCCGACGAAUCGAACGAGAAGCGGAAGUUGCAGCGCGAGGACGAAAAUGAGAUGCUUUGUGUGCGAAGUUAGUGAGCAAGCGUCAACUUACACGAUCUCGGAAGUGAGAUAAAGCAGCGACUCGUCGAAGGGGCGUUUUUUUUCUCUCCUCCUCUUCCCUCUGGUCCGCGACCUCUGAAGUUAGACUAGUCCUCCUGGACAAGACCCCGUCACUCUCUCCGGGAACCGGAACAAAGUGUCAGCAGCCAGGAUGGACCCAGCUCUACUGAGGGAGAGGGAACUGUUCAAGAAAAGAGCUCUGUCCACUCCAGCUGUAGAGAAGAGACAGGCGUCCUCCGACUCACACAAGAAGAAGAAGGCCAGAGUUGACAAGGAGAGCUCCUCGGGGUCCAAACACAGCGCGGAGUCCAGUAAUGGAAAGGUCAACAUCAAGGCGAGCUCCGGGUACAAAUUUGGCUGCCUGGCCAAGAUAGUCAAUUAUAUGAAGACGAGGCAUCAGAAUGGUGACACGCACUUCUUGACCUUAGAUGAGAUUCUGGAUGAGACCAAGCUCCUCGACAUCAGCAUGAAACAGAAACAGUGGCUAAUGACUGAGGCCUUGGUCAACAAUCCAAAAAUUGAUGUGCGGGAUAGCACGUAUGGCUUUAAGCCCAAGUACAACCUGAAGGACAAGAAAGCAUUACUGAGGCUGCUGGACAAACACGACCAGCUGGGCCUGGGGGGAGUGCUGCUGGACGAUGUCGAAGAGGGGCUGCCCAAUUCAGCGAAGGCCAUUAAGGCUUUGGGGGAUCAGAUCAUCUUUGUUGCGAGACCAGACAAGAAAAAGAUCCUGUUCUACAAUGACAAACACUGCCAGUUUGUGGUAGAUGAAGAAUUUCAGAAACUGUGGAGGAGCGUUCCAGUCGAUUCCAUGGAUGAGGAGAAGAUUGACGAGUACCUGAAAAGACAAGGCAUCUCCUCCAUGCAAGAAACGGGACCAAAGAAAGUGUUGCCAGUUCAAAAGAGGAAGAAGCAAGGCGGGCAGAGGAGACACUUCAAGACCCACAACAACCAUUUGGCCGGAGUUCUGGAGGAUUAUUCAGAUGGUGUUCCUGUCAAGAAGUGAAGUCCCUUCCCUCUCUGCCAUGUGUCCUCUGAGGCACAACAUAGAAUCUGUUCAUCAGAAAAGGCUGCAGAUGAGAGACUCUGGCCAAACUACAACACAAAGACUUCUCAUGGGCGUCUGUUAUGUCAAACAAACUAGUUUCCUUUUUUCCCCUUGUGCUCCUCCCAUUGAUCAGUGGUCUUGUGUUACAUGGUGUGAAUAGCACCUGUGUUGUGGAAUCCUUUCAGUUUGAUUAUUGAUCAGACUGACGACUGGAGGACACUCGGGGAAAAGAGAAUUGAGACCAUUAAGGACAGUGAAUGCUACAUCCUUAAAGGGGGGUGGGAACUGCAACCAUACGGUUAAAAUGUAAAUGAGUUUAAGUAUGUAAAUACUUUUUUUCUUUAUUCCACAUUUGUAAAGAUGUGUGUGUAUGUGUGGAAGGUUUGAUUUUAGAUGGCACCAGGCAUCAUCUGAUGGCAACUUUCCAUCCAUUUAUUAGGAAUUGCAGAUGUUGUGUUGUGCAGUGCAUCAUACUGAUCCCUUAUCCAGCAAGAAAACAUCCUUGACAUUACCUUCUGUGAAAUUGCAAAAAUAUUUAAAUUCUUUUUAAUUUGCAGCACCAUGGCAUAGUGGUUGAAAAUACUAGAUUUGUUUGAACUUGUUUUAAUAAAUUACACCAUUACAGGA